AUGGCAGAGCGUAUUGAGGAUCUGAACUUACCCAACGCUGUGGUGACGAGGAUAGCCAAGGAGGCGCUACCAGAUGGCGUCAACAUUGCGAAAGAUGCUCGGACAGCACUGGCCAAAGUGGCUUCCAUAUUCGUACUGUACGUAACAUCAUCUGCGAACAAGAUUGCUCACGCUAGUAACCACAAGACAGUGAGUGGCACAGACGUUCUCCAGGCACUCGAAGAAGCGGAGUUCGAAGCAUUUGCCGAGCCACUGCAGAAGGCACUCGAAGCUUACAAGAAAGUCAAGAAAGUUAAAAAGGAUUCCAAGCGUAAGCAACCUACCAAAGAAUCUGAAAAUUUAGUAACUGUGGAUGAUAAUUGA